AUGAGGGUAAUCCCUGGCCAUGCCCUCGGGCUGGGCAUACCACUUGACCCUCACGUCAAGAUCCCUCACGAGGAUCCCCAGCUCAGGAAAAUGGGCACACGGGCCGGCUUUCCUGAUAAUGGAACUGGCCCCAUGCUGAUACUGCCAAGUUGUGACAAAGAAAAUAAUGAAACAAGCCCACGUGCAAAUCCCUUCGAACGAUGCCAUGUCGCUCAACACCGGAAAGAUGGCAAGAGGGGUGGUGCUGUGCCUUUAGUAACAGCAGAAGCAUUUCCUUACUUCUGCGUCUCUGAAAUGCAAGGGCAGGAAGGCACGGGUGAGGAGAAGUUCCAGCAGAAGGCUCAGAAACAAACUAAGCAGAAGAAAUCCAAGUCGGCUGAAUUUCUGAUGGGCAAGGAAGAGAGAGCUGCAACAGAAGGCAUUGCAAAUCCAGCUUUUAACAUCAGCAGCACAGAUCUUUCAGCAUCUCAGACUUCAGAGGAGGAAAUUAUUAGACAUGACAAGCUGGAUCGCACCCGUGCAGCUCACCAACAAAAACUUGGGCUGCAAGCCCAAGCUGAACCAAGAGGAAAUGAAUGCAGCCGAAAUUACUUUGACCCUCUGAUGGAUGAGGAAAUAAACCCAAGGCAGUGUGGGAUGGAGGUCAGCGAAGAAGGUGAGGUGGAAUUAAAUGAGAGACUUGUCUAUGAGAAACUGAUGACAUUAUUUUAUGAAGAGAACAGCAUGACGGGAUCACGAGUGCCAAAGGAUGAUGAAGGCAUUUCAGAUUCUGUACAUCCUGUCAGCUAUAGUAGAACCGGUGAUCUUUGUGAGGAAAUAGAAGAUGAAGAGACUCUGCCUUACAUAGAACACUUUGAUAAGGAAGUUCAAGAUGAGAUGAUUGUCCUUGACAACUUGCUGCUGGAACAGGUCAGAAUGAAGAACCAAGAGAAUGCAUCUCCAGAGCCUCCACUUUGA